UCGUGUUUGUGUUGAAGCCAACAGGCACAAUAUAUUACAGUCCAGGGCUCGCUGCUGAAAAGCCUGCUGGAUCUUCCAGUGACCUGCUGUUCUUUCCUGCUUUCCUGUGUGUUUUUUUCUUCCUCUCUAGAUUUAGAUUAAAAACAAAGCCCGUUCCUCCUUCUCCUUGCCUUUUUAGACCUCAGCAAAGAAGCCCUGUAGUUUUGAGGUACUGUUACAAGGUUGGAAGACUCGAAUGGAGAUACGUGUUUGUUUUUGUAGCUUGUUGGGGACAUUUGCAGAAGGACAAGACCGGGGACAGCUGGACGUGAUUCUUUGGAAGUCCCUGCUCCUCCUGCUCUCCUGAUCUGUCGGACUGAGAGCCGGACAGUAACGGAGCGGGACGUCAGGGAAUUCUGGGGGGAAAUCAAGUCCAAGUGUGAGUACGGGGAUCUGUUUUUGGAAGACCCCCUCGUCGGAUGCACUGACAGCCUUCUGCGGCUCGGAAAGAACAGAGCCGGGUUCCCGAGCUCGGUCCGGGGCUCUGUCCCCUGGUUUAGGGGGGACGCAGGAGUACGGAGGGUUAGCGCGUUGGCCGUCAAACCGAUAGCCGGCAUCCCUCCGGUGACCAUGUACCCGCAGGGUAGACACCCGGUGCCUCUGCAGCCUGGACAGUCAUUCAAGUUCACGGUGCUGGAGACUCUGGACCGCAUUAAAGAGGAGUUCCAGUUCCUUCAGGCUCAGUACCACAGUCUCAAAAUAGAGUGUGAGAAGCUGGCCAGCGAGAAGACAGAGAUGCAGCGCCACUAUAUCAUGUACUACGAGAUGUCCUACGGGCUCAACAUUGAGAUGCACAAACAGGCGGAGAUCGUGAAGCGACUCAGUGCUAUCUGUGCUCAAAUCAUCCCUUUCCUCUCUCAGGAGCAUCAACAGCAAGUUGUUCAGGCGGUGGAACGUGCCAAACAGGUCACCAUGGCAGAGCUCAACGCCAUCAUAGGGCAGCAGCAGCUCCAGCACCUGUCUCACCACACUCCAGGUAUUCCUCUCACUCCUCACCCUUCAGGUCUGUCUCUGGGCGGCACAUCAGGGCUGCUGGCCCUCACCGGGGCUCUAGGAGUCUCUGCCCACCUGGCCAACAAGGACGAACGCAACCAUCUAGACCCCGAGCACCUGCGAGAGGGUGCGCCCAGCAGGAGUAAAUCAGUGUCGUCAACUGACAGUCAGGCAGCGGAGGAUCGUCAGGGUCCCUCAGGGGUGUAUCCCUCACAGGCCAGCAGCAAUGCCAAACGGAGACGGUGUGAUGAAAAAGAUGUCCUCCCGUGUCACUACGACAGUGACGGAGACAAGAGCGAGGACAAUCUUGUAGUAGAUGUCUCAAAUGAGGAGCCAUCCUCUCCUGUAGGCAGUGGGCCUCUGUCUCCACAUGGGAAUGGUUUGGAUCGAGCCCCGACCCUAAGGAAAGAGCUCCCAGGAUCCCCUAGUCCCCCUCCGGCCUCCCCACCACACAGCCCACCCCCUGGCAAAAACAAGGACACGGCACAAACAGAAAAAUCUCAGUCGCCCUCCUCUAAAUCAGGCAAUUCCUCUCCCUCUCACCAUGACCCUCUCACCCCUGGUCCACCGGGGCCCAGCACUUCCUGUUUACGCCUGGCCAACAAACCUGCCUCCUCGGCAGACCCUCUGGCUCUGCGGAGUCCCUUGACCAUGACGCCCGGUUCUUACCCGGCUCACUUUGGGCUGGUGUCCCACGCUGGGCUUAACGGAGAGCUGGCCAGCCCGGGUGGCUUCGGAGGCUCGCUCACCCUCUCGCCCCAAAUCAGUGCUGCAGCCAGUGCCUACACACGCAGCCCUAUGGUAGCGUACGAAUCUCGUUCACAUCUUAGGCCCUCAGGGCUGUCCUCCUCUCUGCCUGGCUCCUCUGGUGGCAAGCCUGCUUACUCGUUCCACGUGAGCGCAGAUGGUCAAAUGCAGCCGGUGCCCUUCCCUCCUGACGCCCUCCUCGGCCCUGGCAUCCCACGUCACGCCCGUCAGAUCCACACCCUCAGUCAUGGAGAGGUGGUGUGCGCGGUGACCAUCAGCACCUCCACGCGUCACGUCUACACCGGCGGGAAAGGCUGCGUCAAAGUGUGGGACAUCAGCCAACCAGGCAGCAAGAGUCCAAUGGCCCAACUGGACUGUUUGAAUAGAGACAACUACAUCCGAUCAUGUAAGAUUCUUCCAGAUGGGCGGACUUUGAUAGUCGGAGGCGAGGCCAGCACGCUGUCAAUCUGGGACUUGGCCACGCCCACUCCACGUAUCAAGGCCGAAUUAACGUCCUCGGCUCCUGCCUGCUAUGCUCUGGCUAUCAGUCCCGACAACAAGGUCUGCUUCUCCUGCUGCAGUGACGGAAACAUCGUGGUCUGGGACCUGCACAACCAGACGCUCGUCAGGUAUCUACAGACUCCUGCUGGUGAGAUAGACCAUAUCUUUUCUCUGGGUUACUGUCCUACGGGCGAGUGGCUUGCAGUGGGGAUGGAGAGCAGUAAUGUGGAAGUGCUGCACGUCUCCAAACCAGACAAAUACCAGCUGCACCUUCAUGAAAGCUGCGUUCUCUCGCUCAAGUUUGCCUACUGCGGGAAGUGGUUUGUAAGCACGGGAAAGGACAAUCUGCUCAAUGCAUGGAGGACGCCGUAUGGAGCCAGUAUUUUCCAGUCAAAGGAGUCCUCAUCCGUCCUGAGCUGUGAUGUGUCCCCAGACGACAAAUAUAUUGUAACUGGUUCUGGGGAUAAGAAAGCCACGGUGUAUGAGGUGGUGUAUUGAACACAAAGAUGGACGGAUGGAUGGAUGAACAUACAGCGCCAAGUAUGAAACAAUCAUGGAUGGCAUGGUGGGCAACCAUAGCUCUUCUAUUUGCAGUACUUUCGCAACCAUUUGAGAAAUAGAAGGUUUUGUUCAGAAUGGCAUACUACCAUACUAUUCAUACUAUUUAUGUAAUAGGUAUACUGUGCACAGUAUGAAAUUUUCUUUAGACAUAAAAUACCCAGAUGACAUACUAACAGUGCUGGGUAGUAACUGAUUACAUAUAAUCUGGAUUACGUAAUCAGAUUCCAAAAAUUA